CGGCAAUUUUGCUACAAUAUUGCCAGUUCAGUCCAGUGGAGAGUGAAGGUUUAUUGAAGUUUGGGAAGCUGGAAGAAUUGAGGAAAGUUGGUGUUGUCGGCCGUAAAGCAGGGUUGACCUUAUUUAAUCUUCGUACAAGGAGUUAGUAAUCUGUGUCCAUGAUAACUCCUGCAUUUCUGAAAGCAGAAAGAGUUGGAUGCAGGGUUUCUCCAAGGGAAGACAGAUCUGAACUCCACACUUCACCCCUACAGUCCAAAGUGCUUCCAGUCUGUGCUGAACCAGGAGAGGCUUUGCAAUGUCAGAACUUAAGAUUUAUCUCUACUACACCGGUGGAACUAUCGGCAUGGGAUCUUCUGAGAGUGAAAGUCCUGCCAAAUUGGAAGCAUUUAUUAAACAGCUUAAACUCUAUCCUCAGCUACAUACAAAGUCUGAUGACAAAGGUUGGAUUUAUCUCCCGUCAGGUUCAGCAAGAGGAUUCCCUGAGCCUCAACGAGCCUUGAAGUACAUGAUUGAUGGCACAAAGGAUCCAAUUGAAUCCUGCAACAUGAAACCUCAAGACUGGCAGGAUUUGGCUAGAACGAUAUACGAUUGCUAUGAUGAUUAUGAUGGCUUUGUUAUCCUCCAUGGAACGGACACCAUGGCAUUCACGUCCUCUGCGUUAUCCUUCUUGCUUCAAGGAUUGAAGAAGCCAGUUAUUGUUACAGGAUCUAAGAUACCACUCUUCCACUCCAGAAGUGAUGCAGUUGACCACAUCCUCGGAUCUCUGUUGAUUGCAGGCUACCUGUCCCAUGUUGCCAGUAUCCAGCAGGUUUGUGUGUUUUUCAACUCUAAGCUCUUCCAGGGAAACCGUGUGGUUCAGCAGAGUUGUGAAGAUAUGGAUGCUUUUGGCUCACCCAGUAAUCUCCCUCUGUUGGAACUGAAUGUGCAGGUUAAAGUAAACAGCGAUACAAAGAAGGCAAAUGAGGGUGACUUGCAGAUUUUCACUUUGAAUCGCACACCAGACAUUGGAAUUCUUCAGCUCUUUCCUGGAAUUGAUGAAAGAUAUGUUGCAAGAUCCUUGGAAGGAGCAGAAGCGGUGAUCCUACUAACCUACGGCCUUGGUAACGUUCCUGACGACGACUGGUUCUUCAAACUACUGCGCAAAGCCGUGACCUCUGGGGCGUUGAUUGUUUGCAGCACCCAGUGCUAUCGGGGUGCUGUGUGUAAAGUUGCCCAGGUUAGUCCUGAGGUUCGCCAAGUUCAUCGGGCGUAUGAGAAGCUGGUCGCAGCCGGAGUCAUCCCCGGACAUGACUUAACAAUGGAAGCAGCCAUUGCCAAGCUGGUGUGGGUCCUGAAUCAAUCAGAGGACAGUGGACGGAGACGAGAGCUGAUGGAGCAGAACAUCUGUGGGGAAAUGACAGUCUGUCCGUAGGUCUGGAAACUGCUACAGGGUAAUCAUUCUGACCAGAACCAGAAGGCAACUCUUUGUACUCCACCGGCCAACGAACGUUUUCGGAAGUGUUGCUUUCUCAGAGUUUUUGUUUGUUUAUUAUAGACCACUUGAAGCUCAACACAAAUAUAAUUUCAGACUACUUGUAUCACAUGGGAAUUCAUGGAAAAAAGAAAUUAAUUAUUGAUUAUAUUGCAUAAUGGUGCUGAUGCUUUGCAAUAGUUCAACUAAGCUAAAAACGUUUUUGUUAAUGAUUUUUGUUUGUACUCAUUCUCUGGGGCUUCUUGCUUAAAUGUCCAACAAUAAUCAGCCACCAAAGAUGGAUUCCUGAUACCAUUUCUCCAUGACCGCAAAGUCCUGGUGAAACCUUUCACCGUGCACCUCGCUGACAGCACCAAGAUUUUCAGGGAAGCAGUCUAAAAGGGAAUGCAAAAAAUGAAUCUUUCCUGACAUGUUGUACUUCAUGGUUGUUCUGUAUACUUGAAGCAUGCUGUCAACCAGAUGUACAUAACUUGAUGCUCCACAGUUGCCAAAAUAAUUUGGGACAACAUCCUUUAAAUGCUUUCCAUGCAAUUUUUCUCUGGACCCUCUCGAAGUUCUUCGAAUUGCCUGUCAUUGAUGACCUGUUUGAUUCAUGGGCCAGCAAAAAUGCCUUCCUUACUCUUGGCAUCAGUUAUUCUAACUUGAAUUAUAAAUUGAAAUAACAAAUAAAGGGCGAUUUCAAAACAAUGUUGCAUGAUGGGAAAAUAGCAUGGUGAUUUUCACGAUCAGCAGCAAAAAAUCCAUAAGAUACAACCAAAGGUAUUCAGAAAGUAAAAUCUUUGUUGUCCAGUGGUUUUCCCUGCCUCUUUUCCCUCUGAAGGCCUUGAUCUGGCCAAGGAGACUGUAGGUGUGCUGUGCUUCUGAUCUUAGCAGGGAUCACAGUGAUCUUUCCUCCCCAGUGCAUAAACAAUUCUGACUUUCUCCUCCCUCCCUCUCUUAUACUUCUUAAGUAGAGAUAACCCUCAAAGUUUUGAAGCGAUUGGACCUACAUUUCACGUGACUGGAUUAAACUUAAAUACAUUCACUGUAAGUAAAUACAAAUUGGUGGAUGAACUUAGCAGGUCAGGCAGCAUCUGUGGAAGGAAAUCGACAUUUCAGAUACAGAUGAAGGGUCUCAAACUGAAAAGCUGAUUGACCAGCAGCUCACUGCUUUGUUCCAGAUUCCAGCAUCUGCAGUCUCUUCAAAGUUCAAAAUAAAUUUAUUGACUCAGUAUGUAGAUCAUAUACAACCUUGAGAUCCAUCUUCUUGCAGGCAAUUACAAAACAAAGAAAAGCAAUAGAACCCAUGAAAAACCACACUCACAUGCACACACACACUCACUCACACAUGCAUACACGCACACACACACACACUCACACACACCUUGUGCCUUUUACCAAAAAAAUCAGUAACUCAACAGUAAGACUUUUUGGAUCAAAACUAAAGAAGCUCGGCAUUGCUAAUCUUGGUUGGAAAGAGCUAGUUGGGCCAAAGAGCCUGCUUCCAUUCUGUAUAUCUCUGUUACUACAGUUCAAAGUAGAUUUUAUUAUCAACGAACAUGUAUGUCACCAUACACAGCCACAAGAUUAAUUUUCUUGUGGGCAUCCUCGAAAAAUCAAUAGAAUAUUAAACAUAAUCAUGAAUCAAUGAAAGAAGCCCAAACUGGGGCAUUCAACCAGAGUGCAGAAGACAACAAACUGCAACCACAAAAAGUAAUAAUAAUAAAUAAUAAAUAAAUAACUAUCAAGAACAUAAGAUGGGGAGUCCUUGAAAUUGAGUCCUUUGGUCGUGGCAACGUUUCAGUGAUGGGCCAGGUGAAACUGAUUGAAGUUAUCUCCUUUGGUUCAGGAGCCUGAUGGUUGGAGGUAACAGCUGUUCCUGAACCUGGUGGUGUGAGUCCUGAGGCUCUUGUAACUUCCUCCUGUUGACAGCAGUGAGAAGAGAGCAUGUCCUGGGUGGUGGGGGUUCCCAAUAAUGGAUGCUGCAACAGCAUUUCAUGUAGGCGUGCUCAAUACUUGCGGCAGCUUUCUCGUGAUGGACUGGGACACUUUGCUGAACAGUUAACUGCCGGCUAACUAUUACUUGGAUUGCACUACUUGUAUGUAUAACCUAUAUUUUCAUUUAUAUUUGUGAUUAUUAUUGUUAUGAGCAGAGAGACAACAUCUGCCGGAAGUAAAUUCCUUGUAUGUGCACAGGUACUUGGCGAUUAAAGUCUGAUUCUGAUUCUGA